UCAUGCCUUCGCGUCGGAGCCCGGAGGGGGGCGUUGUGGCGCACGCGGAGGGUCGGGCUGACUUUCCCACCCCGGGGUCUCCCUGCGAUGCUGUUGGCCCUGAGGUCCGCUGUCCGGGCGCUGCUCCCAGGCCGCGCCGCGGUCCCGAGGCCGCGCUGCUACCAUGGGGACGCGGUGGCCGCGCUGGGCUCCCAACUCGACACGGGCUCCGCGCUCUACCAGGAAAACUAUGAACGAAUGAAAGCUCUAGUAACUGAACUUCAUGAGCGAACAGAACAUAUCAUAUUAGGAGGUGGAGAGAAAGCACGGAAACUGCAUACAUCAAGAGGAAAACUGCUUCCUAGAGAAAGAAUUGAUAGACUCCUAGAUCCAGGGUCUCCAUUCCUGGAGUUUUCUCAGUUUGCAGGUUAUCAGUUGUACGGUAAUGAAGAGGUCCCAGCUGGUGGAAUUAUUACAGGCAUUGGCCGAGUGUCAGGAGUGGAAUGCAUGAUUGUUGCCAAUGAUGCAACUGUGAAAGGUGGGUCCUAUUACCCAGUGACAGUGAAAAAACACCUACGUGCCCAGGAAAUUGCCUUGCAAAAUAGACUCCCCUGCUUGUAUUUGGUUGAUUCAGGAGGUGCAAACUUACCUCGACAAGCAGAAGUAUUUCCUGAUCGAGAUCACUUUGGUCGCAUAUUCUAUAAUCAAGCAAUUAUGUCUUCUAAAAAUAUUUCACAGAUAGCAGUGGUAAUGGGAUCCUGUACAGCAGGAGGAGCUUAUGUUCCUGCAAUGGCUGAUGAAAGUAUCAUUGUUGGCAAGCAGGGUACCAUAUUCUUGGCAGGACCGCCCUUGGUUAAAGCAGCAACUGGUGAAGAGGUGUCAGCUGAGGACCUUGGAGGUGCUGACUUGCAUUGCAGGAAGUCUGGAGUAACUGAUCACUAUGCUUUGGAUGACAGUCAUGCACUUCACUUGGCAAGGAAAGUUGUGAGGAGUCUAAACUAUAACAAGAAAUUAGAAGUGACUAUAGAACCUUCUGAAGAACCUUUAUUUCCUGUAGAUGAGAUAUAUGGAAUAGUUGGAGAUAAUCUCAAGAGGAAUUUUGAUGUCCGAGAGGUCAUUGCUAGGAUUGUGGAUGGAAGCAGAUUUGAUGAAUUUAAAGCCCUCUAUGGUGAUACCUUAGUCACAGGAUUUGCCAGAAUAUUUGGUUACCCAGUGGGAAUUAUUGGAAACAAUGGCGUUCUUUUCUCAGAAUCUGCAAAGAAGGGAACUCACUUUAUCCAAUUAUGCUGCCAAAGAAAGAUUCCUCUUCUUUUUCUUCAGAAUAUUACUGGAUUUAUGGUUGGUAAAGAAUAUGAAGCUGGAGGAAUAGCAAAAGAUGGAGCCAAGAUGGUGACUGCUGUAGCCUGUGCCAACGUACCUAAAAUUACUGUUAUCAUUGGAGGAUCUUAUGGGGCUGGAAACUAUGGAAUGUGUGGCAGAUCAUACUCUCCAAGAUUUCUCUACAUAUGGCCAAAUGCUCGCAUCUCAGUGAUGGGAGGAGAACAAGCUGCAAAUGUUUUAGCCACAAUAGCAAGAGACCAGAAAGCGAGAGAAGGGAAGGAGUUCUCCAAUGAAGAUGAAGCUGCUUUAAAGGAACCUAUCAUUAAGAGAUUUGAAGAAGAAGGAAAUCCUUACUACUCCAGUGCAAGGCUGUGGGAUGAUGGAAUUAUUGACCCGGCUGAUACUAGACUGGUCCUGGGUCUCAGUAUUAGUGCAGCCCUCAAUGCACCAAUUGAGAAGACCAACUUUGGAGUUUUCAAGAUGUAACAGAAUUGUAGGAAAUUUUCCUAUGGUUUUUUUGACUAAAGAAUACAAAUUAAGGGCCUUAAAAUUACAGAUAUUUUAAAAAUCAUGGUGCAAUAAAAAUUCUGAUUACCUUUGAGUUAUUUUUUAAAAAAUAUGCUGGAACAUAAUUGUAUAAAUAUAUAUACAUGUAUUGGAUUUAACUUAUAUUUUAACAUGUUUAACAUCUAUUGGAUUACUUGCCGUGUAGGGAAGGUGGUGGGGAGAAGGAGAGGAAAAUUUGGAACACUAGGUUUUGCAAGGGUCAGUGUUGAAAAUUUAUUCAUGCAUAUGUUUGAAAAGAAAAAAAGAAAAGAAAAAAUAUGCUGGGUUUUAUUUUCUGCCAUAUUCUCUUUUGAAAAUAAGUUAGUGAGGUUGCUUAUUCAGUGCAUCUAAAUGUAUUUUAACUUUCCUUGAGUGGCCUCUCUAAGCCUCAUUUUCAUCAUUUAAGACAGAUAAUGUGUGAAACCUCUAUCAUAGGUAUGCUGUGAUGAUAAAUCAAGUAAUGUAUUUCAUAUUUCAUAAAUCAUCUGCCACUUAUAAGCUGUAAUUUUGGGCAAGUUGUUUGAUUUCUCUGGGCCUCAGUUUCCUUAUAAGAGAUGGAUUAAAUAAUCAUCGGGUUUUUUUGGGAAUAAAUCAGUGAUUUAGAAAUUAUGUUUUUAAUCCUGUAACAAAGAAUCAUCUAUUUAAACCAGGCAUUCUAAAGAGUAUUAUUUAAAUGUUUAUUUUCACAGAAAUGAAUAGAUUCUUAAUUAUGUUUGAUAUUAUUUUAAAACUAAUAAGAAAAAGUCAUAUGGCAUGAAAUGUUGAUUUUUCUUGGUCAUUGUGUCUGUAAAUUUAAGUUAUUUUAAAAAUAAAACCUAAUAAUUAUAGACUUUUAUGUAAUAAAAUUAAUGAUUUAGAAUGUUGGUAUAUGGUGCAUAUUAAAUUUGGAUGGAUUUGAUUUGUUAAGACUCAAAUUUUUUCCUUUAAAAAGUUUAUUAUUAUUACUGACUAUACUGUAAUACAUCUUCAUAAUUAGAGGAAGUUUUCAUUUUUAGAAGUUGUUGUAAAUUUUAAAGCAGCAAUAUAUUUUGAGAAGUAUGUCUGUACUCAGUUUCAUCAUCGGUAAAAUUAAAGUAUUAAUAACAUCUCACAGGAUUCUUAUUAGAUUUGAAUAAUAUAGUGUAUAUAAAGUACUUUCCAUACCUUAAAGCACCAAAUAAAUGUUGUUGUUAUGUAGUA